GGUUCUCUCCGGGUUCUCCGGUUUCCUCCCACAGUCCAAAAACAUGACUGUCAGGUUAAUUGGUUUCUCUAAAUUCUCCCUAGGUGUGAGUCUGUGUGUGCAUGGUUGUGUGUCCUGUCUGUUUUCUGUGUUGCCCUGCGACAGACUGGCGACCUGUCCAGGGUGAACCCCGCCUCUCGCCCAGAACGUAGCUGGAGAUAGGCACCAGCAACCCUCCCGACCCCAUUAGGGACAAGGAUGAACAGACAAUGGAUGGAUGUUGAAAAUAUGUUAAAACAACACUUUUGCAAUAAUAAUAUAUAAUAUAUUGGUCAUUAAACAAUUAAAGAUUAGUUGUGUGUAAUAUUCAUGUAAGUAUAAAUAUCAAUGUAUGGUUAGGCUGUAGAGCAAUAAUAUAAAUGAUUAGGUAAUUCUACAGGUAAUUACCACUAUAGACAUAUGGAUGAUAUAGAUGUAGGACAAGUUAAACAGUGAUAAGAUUUAAUAAGCAUUUCCUUCCUCUAACUCGUUUUGAAAUUAAACAGAAUUUAAUUUCUAUUCUGCUUUUUUAAAUUAAAUUAUCUAGUAAGCCUGCAAGACAUAGUUUUAUUGUAUGCUUGAUUUACUAUAAUAACCAUGUUUGAAAUAAAGAUUAUCUUCAGAUGAAACUGCAGCAAACUGUUUAGAAUGAAAUAUUGUGUCUUAAAUUAAUUUAAUUAUACAUACUUAUUUUACUUAAUACACUAUACUUGUUUUCCAGUUAAAGUAAAAAAGGGAAAAGGUUCGUUUUUUAUAUAAAAAAGGGGAACUCCCUAUUAUGUCAACAGAAAUUCUUGAAAUCAAAUUGUGAGACAAGGGCUGGAACCGCCCUCAAUUCAAUACAAGUUGACAAAAAUAACAGCAUGCAGGAAAUAAAGUACACAGUUUUUGUUUUAUCAAAGAGGAAAAAUGUUUUUAAAGUGAUUGCAGUAAAUUUUGAGACAGAUUAACCUCUAACCAACCAGCAAAGUGAGGUCUGAGGUUAGUCCCGCCCCCUUUUGGGUUGAGUUACCUGCUCAGUCACCAUCUCUCACCUGUACCACCUCUCUUCCUUCAGUUGCUGUUUUCUUAGAAGUGAAACAGGUGGUUCAUUCGGACCUAUCUUCGUUUUUCUUGCAAAACCAAAGCUCUUUGACUUUGACAGUUUCGACAACCUCUCCCACCCUCCCCCCGCGGAGUUACCUUUCUUUCUGCGGUUCUGCACUGAAGAUUUUAGGAUGGUCGGCUGACGUCGGGGGCGCUGUCUGAAUCCACGUGUGUCAACUUAAACGCCCAGUCUGCGAAACUUCUCCGUGGAUGCCGGAAAUCAUGAACGCCCCAGGACCUCUGUCGAGGCAAGCCAAUGGAGUGGCCAGAUCGGACAGCAAGCUCAGCGCCAAGGCCCUCUAUGAGCAGCGGAAAAAAUACUCCAACUCAAAUUUCAUCAUGCAAGAGACGUCGCAGUACCACGUUGAGCAUCUCUCCACGUUUGUUAUGGACAAGACAGAAUCUAUUGUGACAGUAGACGAUGCUAUCAAGAAACUGAUUCUUCUGGACUCCAGGGAUAAAAUCUGGACACAGGAGAUGCUGCUGCAGGUCACAGACAAGGCACUCAGACUUCUUGAUUGUGACACUCAGGAAGAACUGGAGAACUUCCCCCUCACCACAGUCCACCUCUGCCAGACGGUGCUGAAUCAGACACGCUACCCAUCUGUGCUGCUGCUCAUGUGUCAAGACAGGGACCAACACAAACCCGACAUCCAUUUCUUCCAUUGUGACCAAGUUGAGGCUGAGAUGGUUCACGCAGACAUAGACAGUGCACUGGGGGACAACAAACAUGGGAAAAAAAUGAGACUGGAAACCCUCAAGGUGAACCAGGAAAAAAUGAAGCGUCAGAGAGAAACCAUCCUCCCUCCCUCGGCCCCCAGGGGCCCGCCACCUGUUGCAAAUAGGCGAGCAGCAGCCGCUGCAAACACUCAUGGUCCUUACGAUGCAGAGUCGCAUGAAAAGCUGGCCCAGCGCAUUGAGAAGGAUGUGCAAAUCCUCAACUGUGCCCUGGACGACAUCGAGAUCUUUGUGGCGCGGCUGCAGAAGGCAGCUGAGGCUUUUUAUCAGCUCAAUCAACGCAACAAGAGUAAGAAGAACAAGAAGAAAGGACCAGCAGAGGGCAUGCUGACCCUGCGGGCCAGGCCCCCCUCUGAAGCAGAGUUCAUUGACAGCCUGCAGAAACUGAAGCUGGCCCUCAACCUCUUGGCCAAACUGAAGAAACAUCUACAGAACCCAAGUGCUCAGGAGCUGGUUCAUUUCCUGUUUGGACCUUUGGAGCUGGUCCUGCAGACGUGUGGAAGUCCUGACCUGGUGCGUUCCGUCAUCUCCCCUCAUCUUUCGAUGGAUGCCGUCAACUUCCUGCAUGGACACCUCACCCCCAAAGAGAUGACCAUGUUUGAGCUGCUUGGCGACGGAUGGACCAGACCCAGAGCAGAGUGGCCCAGAGAUCAGUGUGCGCCUCCUUAUUACCCCAAGUUUCGAAAUGGAUGGGAGCCACCUGCAGAGUUUUUCUUGACGUCUCCUUGGGAAACCGAGGGACCACCCAGUCCACUUGCAUCUCCCACAAGUCCUGACUACAGAAGACACUCACCUGACGAUUAUUACGUCAAUCACUCCUCACCAAAUGGGAUGCACAGCAACCGUAAAUAUGCCAAAAUCCGUUAUAAUUUUGUGGCGCGGAAUCCCAACGAGCUGUCAGUUCUGCAGGAUGAAAUCCUUGAGGUGUUGGAAGAUAACAAACAGUGGUGGAAACUACGGAAUCGCAGCGGCCAAUCCGGCUACGUCCCAUAUAACAUCCUGGAUGUUGUAAGGCUAGAAGAACCAGAAGAGCCCUUCCCGAGCGACUACAUGAGUUCGCCCACUGAACCUCUGCACAAGAGGGACAGUUUCAAAGGGGGAAUACAGAAAGAUAAAAAGAUGGACGAGGUUAAUAAUGAGCUAUUGAUGAAAAUCACAGCAAACAAAAACCCGCCACCCAGAAAGAUCCGAAUAGAGCGCCCGGCUGCCCCACAGGUGCCAUUAACUUCCCAGUCAACUCCAGAGCAGGUGACAAAGUGGCUCAAUGCGAAAGCUUUCUCUAAACAGACUGUUGAAUGUUUGGGAAUCCUGACAGGAGCGCAGCUGUUUUCCCUGAACAAAGAGGAGCUGAAGGCUGUGUGUGGGGAUGAAGGGGGCCGUGUCUUCAAUCAGGUGUCUCUGCAGAAAGGACAAUUAGAGAAGGCCCAGGGAGACUCUGAGCUGCAGGAAAUCAUGACGCGAAGAAAGGAGAAGGUCGACUCCACAAGUAGCUACGACUGAACACAUCCAGCACCACGAUCUCCUUUAAAUGUUUUCCCUCCUCACAGCUUUCCAAAUGCAGCAGCUCGCUAAAUCAGCGAACAUUUUCUUGUGAUCCUCAAAUAAAAAAGAAACAAACAAGAUUGAAUACACUCAUUUUUAAUUGCAUAUUUAUUUUGUAAAAUGUUAGAUGUUUGUUAUUCAAGUGUUUUCAAAUUAUGUUGCAUUUUUCUCAAUUGAUGAAAUUAUUGAAGAAAUGACCUGCUAAGAAGAGGAACUUUUUUUUAGUUUGGUGUAUGUGCAGGACAUGCAUACAACAUACGUGUGCAUGAGAGAGCAGGGUCAGUGUAUGUUCUUAAUAAUACUGUUUUAUACUGUUUACAAAAUUUGUCUGUAAACAUCUAAAAUCUUUACAGUUGCUUUUUAAAAUCAGUGCCAGGAUGUUUGACAUAUUUUCUAUUGCAUAGCCAAUUAUUUUCAUGUUAAUAGCAAGCAUACUUUUUGUUGUGUAUGGCAGAAGUUUGUAUCUGGUUGGUAAACAUAAAUCAGUGACAAGUAUUAGAAUAAAUGUUCUUAUUCUUAUUUUCUUGAUGUCAUUUGACAUUUUGGCAACUUAAUAAAGCAAUAUGCCCUUCUCAGUAACUGUGGAAUCUUUUAUAUGGCACCCUCCAAAUUUAUCGGCAUACCUAAAAUGGGUAUAAAUCUUUAAAAUGAAUGAACCUUUUAUUGCUGAAGCAUAUUUUGACAUUGGAAACUUUUUCUGCAGCUCUUUAAGACUGAAAUCUUUUUCAUAUUCCAUUAACAAAGUCAUACAUUAGUGCGUGGUAUUAUGUUGUACACAAAGUAUUUCAUAGUCUUUUCAUUUUGUUGCAACAGAACCAGUUGCUCCUUGUGGACUGAGUUAAUAAACUGAGUUAAGUAUCACUUUGUCUACAGAUCUGGGGAAGUGUAAACAAGUAGCUGUUUUCUUGUGGGCGUUUUGUGACUUAUUAAAUGGAACGUGAAUCUUCUCAUAAAAGUAAAAAGGAAAAAAAUAAUGUAACAGACCAAGGCAGCCAUGCUCAGAAAAUCACUGAAGAAACAAUGUAGUGAAUGUCCCCUGUACAAUUUGUUAUUGUCAAGAAGUUCAGUUCUUAUUGGAUUAAUAUAAUCAACUCUAGAGCAUUCUCUUUACAAUCUGACUUUCUGCUUUAAGGCACCGUUAAACCAUUUGCUUUCUCAGUGAAAUUGUUGUGAACCAGUUACAUAAAAUACUGAUGACAAAAUCAACAACCUCAACACUCUGAACAACUUAAAAAAGUAAGAUAUAACCUUGAAAACAAAGCCUCCACUGCUCCUUUAUUAACGUCUUGUAAAUUAGUGUUGAAUUAUGCUACAGCAAAAAUAGAUUAAUCAAUUUUAAGGGCUUCUGCACAUCUUCUAUUAUUUGUGUACGUUAGUGUCUAUUGUAACCUGGUGUUUGCAAUGUAAACUGUACAAAAUGUUAAGAGGAAUAAACUAAAUUUGUUUUCUGGUAUGAAAAAUGACAUAAAGAUUCAUAGAACAUGUUCUUGGUGUAAAUAUUUUUGAUGAUAUAAUUAAAGAAU